AUGGAGGCAUUGUUUCUUUUUCUCGUUGUACUACUGGCUCUCGUCUUCUCCUCCGCCUCCGCAAAUGUUCACGUUACCGCCGCGCAGAAGCUAACCAAUAACCCAGCGGAUCAACUGGUUGCCGCGCUUAACAGCAACCGGACAGCUCACAAGGGAUCGUCCCUCUAUGAUAAUCCAGGCCUAGCUUGUAUCGCGUUGCAGUACAUUAAAGCGUACGAAGGGGAAUGCAGCGCAGUAGGUGGCGGCGGUAAUGCAAAGAAGCCUGCUGAUUCUGAAUUUGCUGAGACUUUUGCACCCAACUGUGGGGUUUCUGCCUCAAGCCUCACUCCCAUCACUGGUCGAUUGCUGGGCUGCGAGACAAAAUAUGUGCCUCCAUCUGAGGCCUUCUCAAGCAUUCUCAUGAAGAACAGCAAGAGUCUGGAGAUUCUGUAUGACAAGAACCACACUGAAGUUGGGGCUGCCGUGAGUGGCAGCGAUGGAGGCUCACCUUACUUCUGGUGUGUACUGUUCAGCAGCGGGAAGGCCAACAGCAGCUUUGCAAUAGAGGGUGGUGUUGCCAAGAUCAUGAGGCCCGGGUGCUUCAGCGGUGCCAAUGAUGAGUGCAGCAGUGCUAGUGAUUUGAUCCGUCGGCUUAAGGUUUGGCCUUCUGCAGCUAUUAGUCUGGCUGUUGCAGCCUACGUGUUUGGUGUAUAA